AUGGCGGGUCACGCUAUAUUUGAACAGUACGAGGCGCUCAACGCCCACUACCCCGGGCGUCGGCCCACGCUUGGGGCGGAUGUGAAGUACGUGCAGUGCGACGGCUGCGACCGCAUCAUCACCUUCGCCGUCUUCCACAGCGAGUUCGACGGCGGCGUGGAUGUGUGCAACAUCUGCCGGCUGGCGGCGGCCCGCAGUGCGGCGGGGGCGGUGGUGUGCGCCGACCGGCGGCGGCGGCUGAACUUCGCGCGGCACCCGCUGUGUUUUGUCGGGCCCGCCCCGCUGCCGCCGCGGCACGAGGUCGACGUGGACGAGGUGGAGGCGGAGCGCCGGCCGGAGGUGCUCGCGCGGCGGUUCGCAAAGUCCGUCGACGUGGUCGCCCCGCCAGCGGGGAGUGGGGGGAGGGCGGGAAAGCGAAGGGCACCGCGCGGGCGGCCACCAAAGGUGGGAAGGCGACGGAAUACAUGCAGUCGAUCAAACAGCACCAAACAAGAAGAAGAUGAAAAUGAAGAAGAAAAGAAACAGGAAGAAGAAGGGCACAUCGUCACCACCACCACAACAACAACAACAACAAGAAGAAGAGGGGUUGUAGAAGUAGGAGCAGAAACAGAAGAAGAUGAGGAGAUGAGGGUAUUAGGUAUAAAGAGACCAAGAUUGGAUGAUAGCGCGGCGGUAGAUAACGGAAGUAAUGCUGUAACACCACCAGGAGCAACACCAGCAACUUCUGCAGCACCAGCAGCAGUAAUGGUAUCAGAAACUAUAGAAAAAGUACUAGAAGUUCCAGUGUUAACAACAACGACAACGACAACGACAACAACAACACCCGUAACUUCAUUAAGCAGAACACCAGUAACCGCAUCACCUGUACCGCAAGAUCCAUCCUUAGUAGCUGCAGCAUUAGAAUCGAGAAAAAAAGGGAAUGAUGUAAAGAAUGAAGGUAUUCCAGGGAACUGUGUAACAGUUGAAGAGAUUCAGGCACAACAGUUAAAGUGGGAACGUAUGGCUAGUGGUGCAGUGGCACGUUUCUUUCAUCAUAUUCAACCUGGAACAAAAUGCAUAGCAGAACGUCCAUCUUCAAUAAUUCGUGAACCACUUUGUGUUUUUGACCCUAAUGAUAUUAAGGAAUUUACUCUCAGUCCAAAUACAUGCCGCCAAAUGGCAAGAGGAUUUGUGGGUCUCACAUCCUGUAGUAGUGUUAUUUGUGUACGCAUCAUACCGACAAUGCCUGAGAUUGGUCUUUGGUUUUCUGUCCUAUGUGAAGAGGAUUACUUUACACGUCUCGAUAUAUGGUAUCUACCUCUUUCCUCAGAAUCAAAGGAGGUUAUUACUACUUCUUCUUCUUCUUCCUCGAAAGAUCCUUUUGUUUCCCGGAAUUCUUUAUACAAAGGCGAUGUCUUGCCGAAACGCAUGUACAGCGUGCAUGUAGGAAAACAUACAGUAGUUUCCAUGGAUUGGUUGCCUAUUCCAUUACACCGUACAGAAAAUAAUACAUUAGGAUUCUGUACUUUUAUUCGAGGGCGAUACUUGGUUUCUUCUGUUUUGCCACGUACUGUUACUGCUGCUGCUGCUACGGCAGAUGUUGCUAAUACAGAUUGGAGUGGUACUCCUACCGUCGCUGCAGAGGUGUGUGGCGCAACCUUACUGAAACGGGAACUUGAAUUUGUUGAGGUGCGAUGGAGCUCCAACGGUAAUUCUGUUGCCGAGACAUUUCUCUUUGCUGUUGGUCGUUGUACUUCUGUUGUAGUACUGCAACCCACAGGUGAUACACGCUCUGGCAGAGUGACAAUGCAGGUGGUACACUAUAUUGAGGCAAGAGGUGUGGCACCCUUUCCAUCUUUUCUUAAAGCCCCACCCAUUGCCAUUAGUAGUACACGCAGUAGUCGUACUAUACUGGUGGUUGCACAUGGGGCAAGUGUGGCAUGUUAUCAGGGACCGGAGUUUAGCACAAAGUUGUUAGUGACAUUGGACGACGUUGUAUGCUCUCUGCAACUCCAUCAUCGGAUUGUAACAGCAGGUCUGGCGAAUGGUACGCUUGUUGGCAUUAAUGACAGAGAACCGAUUGGCAUAUUACCUUCACCACCUUUGCUUAUUAACCGUGUACACACAACUGAUUCUAGUACUAACACUACUAAUACUAAUUCUACUACUAAUACUAUUAUUCCUGAAAAUGAUGGAGACUCAUUUUUUGUAGCCGAUGCAUCAGGAGAAUGCACGAGACUCUGCAAGAAACAAGAUGGGACGAUGGAGACAGAGUGCGUCCUUUCACUUUGUAGAGUACGACGUGGACCAGAUCAGCGUUCAGCGUUAUUAUUGGAUAGUGGAUCGAUUAAUGCAUCACUAAAAAAUGUGAAUAACUCAAUGGUUGACUUUACACAGCACCCACUGCGGUAUGUUAUGGGGGAUCAGGCUCCACUGCUUGCUUUUUACCCCGAUGGCGCUUGGGUACUUAUGUUAUAA